UGCUGCAAUCUUUGUGUGAGUACAGAUGUUCAUAUCGGCUUAGUAGGGGCGGGCAGUUCAGGAACUCUUUGUGUUUUAACCAUACCUGCCUUAGGGGAAAACAGGAUACAGAAGAAAGCUGGGACAGCUUGGAACAGCAACAAAUUCCUUCAUCUAAAUAUGUCUGAAUUUGAGUCAACACCAGGAAGUUCCUGCGUCUUCUAAUGAAGAAAUUGGCAUGUAAUGACAGAGAGCCUGUGAAUUAAAAGGAGACCUAUUAAGGUGCAGAAAAUACGCCUUCUGUGUAAUAAUGGGAAUAAGAAUCUGCGUAUGUUUCUUAUGGCAUGAAAUUACAGCAUGAAAUUAUAGAACAUGACCUAAGGAAGAUGACCACCCGUAACUGUUUUAUAAUUGUAUCAAGCUCUCCUUUCUCUGGACAAUCUCAGUAACCACUUUAGAACUGUGAUAUGAAACAAUAAUGGCCUGAGACAUGACUCCUCCAGAGGAAGACAGUUUGACAGUAGACAAAAACAAAAAUGCCUGGGCCUCAAGCCCAGCCACCAGCUACAAAGGAACAGGAACAACAAAAGAACCUGAGCACACCUGAACAGCUGUUUGCCUGAGUACCUUGUGUUACUAAUUGUUCAGCAAGACAAGUCUCAUCGUCUUACUUGAACAGGAAGCACGAGAAGAACGCUGACAUCAGGAUUCUACUAAGGCCGUGAUGCAAGAAGGAGCCACAGAGGAACUUCACAGGGACCUCCUAUGUGAGAGCAAACUAACUGAGCACGCAGGACCACUGGUUAAAAGCAGGAGGACAGUGGUGACAGGAGGUGGAGGCUACCUGGGAUACAAUCUGGGAUGUGCUCUUGUCAAGGCAGGAGUUGCUGUUGUUCUAUUUGAUGUACGAAAACCUAAAUGGGAAAUUCCAAAUGGUGCAGACUUUUUCAAGGGUGAUGUAAGGGAUUAUGAAGCAGUGCUCAAAGCAUGUGAAGGAGCUGAUUGUGUGUUCCAUGUGGCUGCUUGUGGAAUGUCAGGAUUAGAACAACUUGAAAAGAAAGAGCAGAUUGAAUCCAUAAAUGUUGGUGGCACUAAAAUAAUAAUUGAUGUCUGCAAACAAAGAAAUAUCCCUAGGCUGAUAUAUACCAGUACAGUGAAUGUGGUAUUUGGAGGGAAUCCUAUUGAAGAAGGAGAUGAAGAAACUGUGCCCUAUUUUCCGCUGGAAAAGCAUUUUAAUCAUUACUCUAGAACGAAGGCAAUUGCAGACCAAAUGGUUCUUGCUGCCAACGGAACUUUUCUAAAAGGAGGUGCCCAGCUCCGUACUUGCGUGCUCCGUCCACCAGGCAUCUAUGGGCCCGAAGAGCAACGCCACCUGCCGCGGGUAGCUGUAAAUAUCCAGCGGAGACUAUUCAACUUCAAGUUUGGAAAUCACAAAGUUCUGAUGAACUGGGUUCACGUAGGAAACCUAGUACAAGCUCACUUACUAGCUGCUGAGGCUCUCACCUCUGAGAAGGAUUACAUAGCUAGUGGACAGGCAUAUUACAUACACGAUGGUGAAAACGUCGUAUUUUCUGAAUGGAUAGUCCCAUUAUUUGAAAAAUUAGGAUACAGUAAACCCUGGAUACAUAUUCCUGUUCUCCUGGUUCAUAUAGCAGCUGCUGUGAUGGAAUAUCUGCAUCUGGCAUUAAAGCCAUUUUUUAGCUUCACACCUUUCUUGACAAGGAGUGAGGUCUGGAACGUUACUGUUACUCACACUUUCCGAAUUGACAAGGCACGAGAUCAGCUUGGUUACAAACCAAAGAAAUUCUCAUUUGCAGAUUCUGUAGAUCAUUAUCUUAAAACAAGACCUGUUUGUCAGGAAGAUCACACAUUCCUUAAAACGCUCUUUGCUUUUGGUCUUUUGUUAAGUUUGAUCUUUCUUUCUUUCUUCUAACAUCAAAUAGCUGCCCACCUGUUCCCAAAAAACUAAUUUUGUUUCUGGGGAUCAGUGACCUGACCACAGUGUAUUCCUCAGUCACUAUGGAAUUUAUUGUUCUUAUUAAUUAUUCUUAUCAUUGUGAUGACUUCUCCCCAGUCCUUACCAAAAAUAAAAAAUAAAAAAAUGUGAAAACACAAAGCAUAUCAGGAAAUGUUCCCAAAGGACAAAGCAGUGUCACAAAAUCAAAGGAAUUCACCAUUGAUGGGUGCAGGAGGAGUUGUAAUGAAUCUUCGCUAACGGAUUACUUCAUACUGAGAAUGAUUUUCUAAAACUGAUAAUCCAGAAGGGCAAGGAUUUGGAAGAGGAGGAGCCAUGGUAGAACCGCAGUGCUGUAAACAGGAGCUGUGGCUCCAAUGAAGAGAAGAUGGUCUAAACAAUGCCUCUGAUGAAGCCACUGCUCCAGCUACUGCAUGUUAGUGCCAGGAAUUAUGAGGACCUGGGAGAUACUACAAAAAUAAGUAAAUAUUUAUAAGUAACAGGUGGUGAGAGGACUGAAAGUCAUAUUUAUGUGAAAUAGUUCUGUUGUUCAAAACAAUGUAAAAAUAAAAUGUGUAUAUAAAAUAAUUUUUAGGUGCAAUAAUAAAUCUCAACUGAACCAAA